AUGUCGCCUACCUUAUACACUUUGAUAUCGUUGGAACUGAAAACUCCGAGAGUUCAACCGGACACUCAAGCUAUAAUUGGUGUCAACGUCGCUUGCCCAAAUUCUGACGUCGCCUUGUUGGCUCUAGACAAAGGAUUGUAUAUUCUUAACAGUGAAAACAGACUUUCACGAGACAAGAUAUUUUCUGCUUUGGAUAAUUGUUCCUAUUCUUGUGUUUACACUGUUGCAAGUUCAGAUGGAAUGUUUGAUGUUGUUGGUUUGGCUGGAAUGUCUGACGCCUCCAUUAAUCCUCGCUAUAGCUGCUGUACAUCUUCAUGCCGUACUUCUUGUAUGAAUUCUGUGGAAAGAUUGUGUGCUGAGAUAAAAAUAAGAGCAGGGAAACUUUCCAGCAAAGCUGCCAAGUACUGUUUCGACGAGUACAGAGAGCUUGUUAAAGGAAAAUUCAGCAGCUUUGAUGACCUUUUGUCAGAGACGGAUCGAAGGAACGAGGCAGAGCACAAAACGGAGCACGUAGCCACUUAUAUCUACCAAUGUUGUACAGACAGAGCGAGAUUGGGUUCUCAAAGCGGCGUUCUUAACUUUGACAAGCAGGACCCGAGCUUCUUAAAAAGGCAAACGUAUUUUCCACACGUUUGGUUACAAGACAAAGUCCUUACCAACGGGGAUUUGAAAACAUUUGACAUGACUGUUCGAGUUCCGGACUCGAUUACAGAAUGGUCUGUCUACGGAUUGGCGCAGUGCUGUGAAUCGGGAUUUUGCGUGUCAGCGCCGAUCUCGAUUAACGUUUUUCAGAGCGUUUUUGUUGAGUGUCAUCUGCCGUUUUCGCUAAAGCGGCAAGAACAAGUGUCCGUGGCUUGCACUUCGUUCAAUUACAACCAACAUCCGACUAAUGCAGGGAUAAAAGUCGUUGAUGUACGUGAUGAUCUUUGCACUACUGCGGGAACGGGUGAAGAGACGGACUGGGUACGUUUUCGCAUUGAAGCUCAUGACUCGAAAACCGUUCUUAUUCCUGUUAUUCCAUUGGUAGUUGGAACAACGUUGCUAACGGUCAGGAUGAGUGUGUACCUUAAUAGUGAUCAGAUAGUUCAGAACAUCACUGUUGUGCCGGAGGGAGUUACUAGAGAGUCGGAUGUUGCUGUAGAGUUUGAUCCAUUUGAAGUCAACAUGGACGAAUCAAAGAGCUGCGCUAUUCUUCCACCUCCAGAUCUGAGAAUUGACCAGUGCUUUAAAUACGUAUUCUACAAUGGAGAAUGCAGUGAGCCUCUUGACGGGCCAUUUACAAGGAAGAAUGUUGCACUAAACAAAUUGGAAAUUUUGCUUCGGCGUUUCGCGCACCAAAGAGGAACGUGUGAACGGUGUCCUGGCAAAAACGAAAGUCACUACUGUACGGGGUUGUGUCAAUGCGGAGGACGUCCUUACAGUAAGAGUCAAACCAAUUUCUUUCCAGUACGACUUCCUGAAAACUACAUUGAAGGAUCGGUCACGGCCUGGAUAGGCGUCAGCGGAAAAUAUUUUACCGUGGGCGAAAAUAUGGAAGGAAAGGUUGACGAAAUCGAGAGCGUAGAGAGUAUGCUGAGAAUACCCGAUGUAGCUUCUACGUCAGUUCAAUCAAGGCAAAUGUGUCCACUGCUGCUCAAUCUUGAAACCAGGCACAAGUGA